AUGGCGGCCUCCAUCAGGCGAAUUCUCGGGAGAGGGCUCCCAUUUAUCAACCGAAGCUAUGUACAAGCCCCCAGUGUGGAGGCGGUGGUGGAGCCGCCACAUCAUUAUGGUGAGCCGGUGUGGCACCUGUACAGUGCCGUUUGCCUGGAGCGGCUACCAGUGGUGGCCCCUCCACUUUCACCUAUUGAGCGGGAAUUCUCCACGCUGCUGCGACGACUGGAGUUUGAGAACAGCCUCAAGUCUGACCACGAAAUGCGCCAUGAGCGCGACAUAGCCACGGCUGAGGCGCUCCGGCUGUCGGAUGGCGACGACGCGGACCUGAUGGACGCGGCCAGCAUGCAGACGGCGGCCGACUUUGAGGACGCCUGCGCCGAGGAGCUGGCCGCCUUCACAUCAGCUCCGAUGCUUACAGAGGCAGACCGGGCGGGCGACCUGCGCUCCACGGACCGCGAGCUGGCCGCCAGUCUCGUGCUGGUGGUGCAGCAGCGGCUCGGCACCGGCGCCAAGUGGAUGAUGCCGCAGGGCCGCCACCAGUCGGGCGAGACCAUGAGACAGACGGCGGAGCGCACUCUGCAGACGGUGGUCGGACCGGACGUCCGCGCCCGGUUCCUGGGCAACGUGCCCUGGGGCUUCUACAAAUACAAAUACCCCAAGGCGUUGCGCCGCGAGUCCGGUGCCAUUGGCGGCAAGGUGUUCUUCUUCAAGGCCGUGCUGUCGGGCGGCGCCGUGGAGCCGGCCGCCGACGAGGUGGCCGACUACAAGUGGCUGACGCGGGGCGAGCUGCGCCAACAGCUGCUCUCCAGCUACUACCGCUCCGUCCACCGCUUCCUGGUGGAUGAGGACUAACGCGCGCGCGAGAAAGAGCGGCUCCCGAGGACGGCCAGGCGCCGGCUCACUGGUGGUAGACUGACUGGUUGUGCGGCGCGGCGGCGUCCAGUCCGGCUGCCGCGCCGGGCGCCAGCUCGCUGACGGUAGACUGACUGGCUGUGCGGCGCGGCGGCGUCCGGUCCGGCUGCCGCGCCAGGCACCGGCUCACUGACGGUGGACUGACUGGCUGUGCGGCGCGGCGGCGUCCGGUCCGGCUGCCGCGCCAGGCACCGGCUCACUGACGGUGGACUGACUGGCUGUGCGGCGCGGCGGCGUCCGGUCCGGCUGCCGCGCCGGGCGCCGGCUCGCUGACGGUAGACUGACUGGCUGUGCGGCGCGGUGGCGUUCGGUCCGGCCACCGCGCUAGGUGCCUGCACGCCGUUGAUGCCGCGGCGGUCCACUCAUGAUCACUCAUCGGAAGGCGUGGUUCUCAUGCGUCUCGGCCGUGCGGCGUCGAGGCACCGUCUCAGGUCACCAGCAUUAUGUCGACGGGAUCGGCGCAUGUGGUGCGUUGGCUUAAAGUGCUGCAUGUGUGAGCGUGGUGCAAUAUAUUUGUGCGUUGAAGAUGA